UUUGAAGAGCAUCAUUUCCGGUUAUAAAUUUCCAAAAUGCCUCUCCCCGUUCAAGCAGGAAUUUUCCAGGAGGUAGCCGAACCAAUGCAGGUGGAUGCCCCAGAGGAAAAUGACAAUGUUGAAGAGGAACAGUUCAAUGUAGAAAACACAUCACUGGACUUGGACUCAUAUGCAACUAACUACACAGGACUGGCCAGGCUUAUGAGGCUUGUGUAUGUAGCUGACCACUGUAGAACAUACAGGGUUGAGACACUCAGAGUUGCCCUAGCCUAUGUACAGACUACUCUCAAUGUAUCCAUGUAUCAGCAGAUCCACAAGAAACUACAAGAUGCCAUAGCAAGUUCAUCAAUUCUGCCAGAUGCAGUGGCUGGAGUCAUUCACAAUGUUCCUGCCCUCGACACACAGUGGAUUGAGACAACCGCAAAAAAAGCUGCAAUGAAACUAGAAAAACUUGAUACAGAUCUGAAAAAUUACAAGAGUAAUUCCAUAAAAGAAAGCAUCAGGCGAGGUCAUGAUGAUUUGGGAGACCAUUACAUGGACUGUGGGGACCUGAGCAAUGCCCUGAAGUGUUACUCCAGGUCUAGGGAUUAUUGUACCAGUGCUAAACAUGUUGUCAACAUGUGUCUCAAUGUCAUUAAAGUGAGUGUGUUCCUGCAGAACUGGUCCCAUGUGCUCAGCUAUGUCAACAAGGCAGAGGCAACCCCAGAGACCCCUGGUAAGGAGGGUAGCCAAGCUACUAUGACAAAGCUCAAGUGUGCAGCGGGUCUUGCAGAGCUUGCAACCAAAAAAUACAAAUCUGCCGCAAAAUAUUUUCUACAAGCCAACUUUGAUCAUUGUGAUUUUCCAGAGUUGCUGUCUGCCAAUAAUGUCACAAUUUAUGGAACACUCUGUGCUUUGGCAUCAUUUGAUAGACAAGAACUUCAGAAACAUGUUCUAUCAAGCAGUUCUUUCAAGCUGUUCUUAGAGCUAGAGCCUCCACUUAGAGAUAUCAUACACAAGUUUUACGACUCUAAAUACGCAUCCUGUCUCAAAUUACUGGAAGAGAUUAAGGAUAACCUGUUGUUAGACAUGUACUUAUCUGCCCAUGUGAACACCCUGUAUGUACAGAUUAGGAACAGAGCCCUUUGCCAGUAUUUUAGCCCAUAUAUGUCAGCAGAUAUGAACAAAAUGGCAUCUGCCUUUAACACAACAGUAGCUGCAUUAGAAGAUGAAUUGAUGCAACUUAUAUUAGAUGGCCAGAUUAACGCUCGUAUUGACUCACAUAAUAAGAUAUUGUAUGCCAAGGACAUUGACCAGCGCAGUACAACAUUUGAGAAGUCCUUGAACAUUGGCAAGGAGUAUCAGCGUAGAACUAAAGCUCUCAUCUUGAGGUCUGCCAUGUUGAAGAAUCAGAUACAUGUUAAGAUGCCCCAGAGGGAUGGUAGCCAAGGGGGAGAGAUGUCAAUUGCCCCAGGGACAGCAUCUAGUGCCAGGAACUGAGAGUCAAGUUUCAUAUUGCCAACAUAAACGCUAAAAUCUGAACUACUAAUGCUCAGAACUACAGAAUCCAGAGAAGCAAAUAGUCUGGCUAAAUGGCUAAAAACUGAGAAAUUUAUCCACAGCCAAGGAUAGUUAGUUUUUCUAAAGCAUUACUGGUUUAUGCUAUGUCACAGCUUCCACAUCUUCUGAUGUCAGAAUUUGUAAACAAUGAAGUAUUUAUGUUUCAAGUACGAAAACAAAAUUAGGAUGUUAUGACUGGAAGUUAAUUUUACACUUUCGCCAACAUCAUCUUUUGUGAUUUCGGAAAUUCAGCGCUUUAACGCUAAGGCCAUUCCUCGUUAAAUAUUAUAGACAUAAAUGUCAAGAAAACUAUGGAAUCAAAACAUGUUAUUUUUCAAGGAUGUAAAAUCUAUUCGAUUUUGAUAAAGGACAAACUUCAACAAUAUCAAAGUAACACAUGUGUUAAAAAGCAACAUUGAUAUCACUUCAAAAGUGAACUAUUGCUGAGAGAAGAUUGCAAAAUUGUUGAUAAAGAUGGUUGUUUAUCACCAUGGUAAAUUGCCAACUAACCGGACAUAACCUGUACAUAUUAAGAAUAAAAUAUGAUGAAAAAUAUAUGAAGAAAACACUGAACACAAGUAAAAUUUGAUUUGU